AUGGAUACCAUGUCUUCCAGGGGAAACCACUCAGAGGUAACUGAGUUCAUCCUGGUGGGAUUCCCAGGCUCUCUGGGUCUCCAUCUGAGCCUGCUGUGGCUAUUCCUGCUGGCCUACAUGCUAACCAUCACAGAGAACCUAGUCAUCAUUGUGGUGAUCUGCACUAGCCCUGCACUGCACAAGCCUAUGUACCUUUUCCUCAGCAACCUGUCCUUCUUGGAGGUGUGGUACAUCUCAGUCACCGUACCCAAGAUGCUGUUCAGCCUCGCCUCACCCGAAUUCCAGCACAUUUCUUUCACAGGCUGCAUGGCACAACUGUACUUCUUCCUGGCAUUGGCCUGCACUGAGUGUGCCCUGCUGGGCGUCAUGGCUUAUGACCGCUAUGUGGCUGUGUGUAACCCUCUGCGCUACCCAGCCAUCAUGAGCCCUGGACUCUGCAGCCUCCUGGCUGCUGGUUCCUGGCUCUCUGGCUUCACCAUCUCCCUGGGGAAGGUAUUCUUUAUUUCUCGCCUAGGCUACUGUGGCCCCAACAUCAUGAACCACUUCUUUUGUGAUGUGUCCCCGCUAUUGAACCUUGCCUGCUCUGACAUGUCAGUGGCAGAACUCGUGGACUUCCUCCUGGCACUACUCAUCCUGCUGGGGCCACUGGUGCUCACUGUCUUCUCCUACACAGCCAUCCUCAGUACCGUGCUGCAAAUGCCAUCCUCUGAUGGCCGGCAAAAGGCUUUCUCCACUUGUGCUUCACACCUGGCUGUGGUGGUCAUCUUCUACUCAGCCUCCCUCUUCAUCUAUGCCAGGCCACGUGCCAUCUACUCCUUUGACUACAACAAGCUGGUGUCAGUUGUCUACACAGUGCUUACACCCCUGCUCAACCCAAUCAUAUACUGCCUGCGGAAUCAGGAGGUCAAGCAGGCACUUCAUAGGGCACUGCAAAGGGCAGCCCAGGCACUGGGGGCCUCCUCCUAG